UAUAUAAAAAACAGUCAAACAACAGUCAGCAGUCUAUCUGGUUCUGUGUCCUCUAACAGCACCGGGAACAAACAUGUCUCGAGCUGCAGACAGGCUCCGGCUGGUGAUGGGUCACGUGGACCGCUCUCCGUCCUCCAUCACCUGUGAGCAGACUUCAGCCCAAGCCUUCACCUCCAAUCAGCCGCAGAGACUGAGGUAUUCCUACGACACGGGUUUGCUGAGCCCACAGCAGCGGCUCUUCUACGAGGAGAACGGCUUCAUCCUCGUCAGGAACCUGGUGUCUGAUGGCGACAUUGAACGAUUCAGGAAGGAGUUUGAGCGCAUCUGCCGACAGGAAGUGAAAGUCCCCGGCCUGGUGGUGAUGCGGGACGUGGCCAUUGCCAAAUCGGAGUUCGUUCAAGAUCAGAAGGCCGUGUCCAAACUCCAGGACUUUCAGGAAGACCCUGAACUGUUUCGGUACUGCUCCUUACCAGAGAUCCUGAAGUAUGUGGAGUGUUUCACUGGACCAAACAUCAUGGCCAUGCACACGAUGCUGAUCAACAAGCCCCCGGAUGCAGGUAAGAAGACGUCUCGCCAUCCAUUGCACCAGGAUCUGCAUUACUUCCCAUUCCGGCCCACGGACCGCAUCGUCUGCGCCUGGACGGCGAUGGAGAAGGUGACCCGGCAGAACGGCUGCCUGGUCGUCCUGCCGGGAACACAUAAGAGUACGCUGCAGGAGCACGACUAUCCAGAGUGGGAGGGUGGGGUGAACAAGAUGUACCACGGGGUGCGCAACUAUGACCCAGAUCACCCCAGAGUGUAUGUGGAAAUGGAGAAAGGGGACACCGUCUUCUUCCACCCUCUGCUCAUCCACGGCUCAGGAAUGAACCAGACUAAAGGCUUCAGAAAGGCCAUCUCCUGCCACUACGCCAGCAGUGACUGUUAUUACAUCGACGUGAAGGGAACCACGCAGGAGAACAUCGAGAACGAAGUGUCGCAGAUCGCAGAGAAGAAGUACGGCAUGGGGGACGUCAGCUUCAUGGAUACCUGGGCCAUCCGAGGUCGCCUGGUGCAGGGGGAGAGGAUCUCCAUGUGAAGAUGCCCCCCCGCAAUCAGCAGGACGCAACAGAACCCGAGAAACCAACGGCACUAACCGGCAGUCCUAAGGGGAAAGAUAAGGGAUUAUAAUUCCACUAACAGACUGCUGAAAAGGAGGAUGUUUGAUGCCAAGAAAAAAAAGGUGUGUGUGAGAAAAGUGAAGGAAGAAGGGAGGACCGACAGGAAACAGAGAGGAAGAAGCUCAAAUAACGUCUGUCUGUGUUGGUUUGAUUAAAUGAAGCCUUAAUAGCAUCCUGCCUUAAAGAAUCAUCAGCAUUUAAACUCACAGCUUCAAAGAUUUUAAGAACGAAUAGCACUUAUUUUCCUGAAUUCUUUCCAAGUAUAUAGAUAUUGAAUUAAAAUGUAUAAAUAAAGUCAUUUAAACUGGA